GGGAGGAGACCAAUAGCGCGACGGGUGCAGGGCGAGCGGAGGCGCGGAACGGUGGAAAAAUGGCGCCCAGCUCGAAAUCCCAGCGAGAAGACAACAAGCAGAAACCGGUUAAAAAACCUCGGGAUAAUGUCGUGAAGCUGCUCAGCAGAGGCAAGAUUUCUGGCCAGCUUACACAUCGACUGUUUCGGAAGCUGCCACCACGAGUUUGUGUCUCUUUGAAAGCAAUUGUUGACGAAGAGUUCUUGCGUGCAGGACAUAUCUUUCUCGGCUUCACAAAGUGUGGUCGCUAUGUACUGUCCUACACAAGCUACUGCGGAGAAGAUGAUUUUUCUUUCUAUAUCUAUCAUCUGCAUUGGUGGGAAUUUAACAUCCACAGCAAACUUCGACAGGUGUGGCAGGUACGCUUGUUUACAGGAGAAGAAAUUUAUAGCGAUCUUUUUCUGACUGUUUGCGAAUGGCCCAGCGAUCGCUCCAAAAUCAUCAUCUUUGGAUUCAACACACGCAGCUCUAGCAGUAUGCUUAUGCAUCUGAUGAUGAGCGAUGAGAAUAACCGGGAUAUUUAUAUUUCUGUGGUGGCAAUGCCCCCUUUCCAUCCCUGUGCUGACUGCAAUGAGCUGGCAGCCAGUGCACGUCCAGGUAGCAGUGCCCAGUGUCUCCGGCAUGGGUUCAUGCUAAACACAAAGUAUCAGGUUGUCUAUCCUUUCCCAACCUUCCAGCCUGCUUUCCAGCUGAAGAAAGAUCAGGUUGUGCUUCUCAAUACCAGUUACUCACUUGUUGCCUGUGCUGUGUCUGUCCAUAAUGCAGGUAAGAGACAGGUGCUUCAUUUUUAUUUCUUUUUUUAAAUUUAUUUGCACAGU